AUGGGUCCGACUUGCAUUGAACCCAAUCCUUGUGGACUGCAACCAUGCAAAAAUGGCGCUGAGUGCUUUAAUAAAGAUGAACACUUUUUCUGCGAAUUCAAUGCCUGUGGACUUGAACCCUGCAAGAAUGGAGCUAAAUGUUUCGAUGACAAAGACACUUAUAAAUGUGUAUGCGCCCCUGGUUUUAUGGGAAGAAAUUGUGUUGAACCAAACCCGUGUGGACUCAAGCCCUGCAAAAAUGGUGCUAAAUGCUUCAAUGAUGGUGAGAAAUACAAAUGCGUGUGUACAGCUGGUUUCAUGGGACCAAACUGUGUUGAACCCAAUCCAUGUGGACUGAAACCAUGCAAAAAUGGUGCCAAAUGCACAAACGACGGAACAGAGUUUAUCUGCACAUGCACACCUGGAUUUAUGGGAAAAACUUGCAUUGAAGUUAAUGCUUGUGGCCUGAAACCAUGUAAGAAUGGUGCAACCUGUACAGAUGUAGGAGAUAGCUAUAAAUGCACAUGCAGAAUGGGAUUUAAGGGACCAAAAUGUGAAAUCAUUGACCACUGUAUGUCCGAUCCAUGUAAAAAUGGCGCUACAUGUGUAAACCAUAAAGAAGGUUAUUUCUGUAAAUGCAAGCCAGAAAAUAAAGGAAAGAACUGCGUGAAAAUAAAUCCAUGUGGAUUGAAGCCAUGUGAGCAUGGAGGUAAAUGUAUUCCUGAAGGAAUCCAUUAUCGAUGUGAAUGUACGCCAGAAUAUGAAGGUCCUCGCUGCGUUAAACUAAAUGCAUGUGGACUUAAACCCUGCAAAAAUGGUGCCAAGUGCUUCAAAGAUAAGGAUACAUUCAGAUGUGUUUGUACAGCUGGCUUCAUGGGAAGAACCUGUAUCGAACCAAACCCAUGCGGACUUGAGCCCUGCAAAAAUGGGGCGAAAUGCUUCAAUGAUGGAAAGAAAUACAAAUGCGUGUGUACAGCCGGCUUCAUGGGACCAACCUGUGUUGAACUUAAUCCAUGUGGACUUGAUCCAUGCAAAAAUGGUGCCGAAUGUUUUAACGAAGGGGAGAAAUUCAGAUGUGUUUGCACAGCAGGCUUCAUGGGACUGACCUGUGUCGAACCAAACCCUUGUGGACUUCAACCGUGUAAGAAUGGUGCUAAAUGUUUCAACGUUGGAGAGAAUUUCAAGUGCGUUUGCACAGCUGGCUUUCAGGGCAGAACUUGCAUUGAACCCAACCCAUGCGGACUUAAACCUUGCAAGAAUGGCGCUACAUGCUUUAAUGAUGGAGAUGAGUUUAAAUGUGUUUGUACACCUGACUUUAUGGGUUUAACCUGUGUCGAACCCAAUCCUUGUGGCCUGAAGCCGUGUAAACAUGGAGCUGAGUGCUUCAACCGAGGAAAACAAUAUUACUGUAAAUGCAAACCAGGAUUUGAAGGAAAAACCUGCUCACAAUGUAAGUGUGAUCUUUUAGAUUUCGAAUCCGUUUACACGAUUUUGUAUACUUAA